CGUUUAUACUGCUUUACUAUCGUCUUUAUUUGACAAAAUUCAUCAUGGAAUUCUUAUAAAGACAUUCACACACACGAGAUCUUGCUACUCCUACUCCACGCCCCCCCUCAUCCUUCUUCUAAAGACCAGAGCGAAAUAUUCCAUAAACAUGAAAACGUCUUACAGAUUGUAAGGAAUAAACUCCAUGCACAGUUCAUCAAAAGAUUGGGGAGUUAGUUCAAUAACGAAUUAAUAAUGGCAAGCGACGAGCAGAUAACUGAAUUUUUGCCCAUUGAGAAUCACAUCGAAACACAGGAGAAUCAUGUCGAAACAAGAAACAACAGAUCUUCAGAAGAUGAUGUGGAAUAUUUUAAAUCAAGCAACGUUAUUCGUCUAUGUGCGGUCAUUGUAGCGAGACCGAAAUUUGCAUUUGGUAUCGCACUUUCGAUGCACAUAUUGAUGCUACUCCUUAGCGUGGUUCUAUUCAUUUCUGGAUACAAUAUUCUGCCUGUAAAUUUCGAUGAACUACCGCUGGACUUGCCUGAAGACUCAACCAAGCUACGGACUGAUGCAUGGCUAUUCGCUAGUGAAAAUAAGGAAGUCACUCAAUUAGGUGGAAGACAGCUCAAGAGAGGCACUAAAUAUCAACCAAUUCAAUUAGUUUAUGAAGGCGAUAAUGUUUUUUCACGGGAGAAUUUACUCACCAUAAAAUACUUUGAAGAGACACAAUAUAAUCGUUCAGACUAUCAAAAAUCGCUGUGCUUACUAUAUGGAAGUGCAAAUCGCACCUGUGCGAAACCUUUAUCCAUAUUGAGAUUUUUUGAUGGAAGCUAUGCUGGAAUAAACUCAACAUUUUAUGAUCCAAACUUUGAGAAUAUCGCUGGUGUAAUAUAUGCGGCAAGAAUGAACAAGAAGGCGAAUGCUUACUUAAACUUUCACUUGGGAAAACAUGCAAAGAUUACACCAACUGAAGUAUCCUCAUCACACACCAGAUCUUUAUUGCUCACUGGCUGGCCUUUAGACGGCUACAGAAGUGACAUUGAUCGAAAAGAUGAGCAAAUCAAAGAACUUGACAAACGAAUUGUUAAAUUAUUCAUGGAGACUUUCGAUAGAAAAUAUAAAGAAGGUGUUGGCGGAAUGAAAUUCUAUUAUUUCAACUACGCCAUGUGGACAGCAGCUCUUCAGAGUCAAAUUCUGAACGCAAUGAUGUUAGCUAUGGCGAGUUUAUGUUUUAUCUUCCUAUUUUGUUGGUUUCAAACUGGAUCCUUGUGGAUAACUGUCUGGGGAAUAUUCAGUAUCUUCUCAAGUUUCAACAUCACCAAUCUUCUGUACAGGAUCGUCUUGGACUAUCAAUAUUUUGGAGUAUUUCAUGUGUUGUCAAUCUUUAUUAUUCUCGGUAUUGGAUCUGAUAACAUUUUUGUUUUCCUGGAUACAUGGAAGCAGAGUGCUAGUAGCAAAUAUUUGAGUCUUGCACAUCGAUUGUCAGAUGUUUAUCGUAAAGCUUCUAAAACAAUGUUUGUGACGUCUAUUACAACAAUGGUAGCGUUUCUCUCCAAUGCACCAUCUCCGCUGUUGUCAAUAUCUUCAUUUGGUAUUUUCUCGGCAAUUCUCAUCUUCGUCAACUAUCUCUCAGCGAUGUUGUUUCUUCCAACGGUCGUAAUCUUCCAACAUUUAAGACGGAAAGGUCGAUGUUGCUGUUGUGCCCUCUACUGUUCGCAUCACAAUUCAAUCACAGAAAAUGAUUUACUGGAACAUUCAGGCCGUGGUGAUAGAGGAUCUUCGAGAAAAAAGCGAAAGACGAUUUUAGAUUAUGUCAUCAGGUUUUUCGAUGGUUGGUUUUAUAGAAAUAUUAUUACGCACAAGUAUGUUCGUUGGCUUGUAAUUGUUGUAUCAAUAGUUAUCAUUGGAGUGUCUAUUUCAUUCGCCACUAAACUUGAACCCGACAAUGAACAGGUAAAAGUUUGGCGAAGUGACACAAACUGGGCGAAGUUUGACGUUUUGAAUAAUAAUGCUUUCAAGAACAGUCAAGAAGAUCUUGUUUUGGUUGUUAACAUCAUCUGGGGUUUGAAACAACAAGACAGAAGUGAAUGUCAUCAUACUGAUUUUAAAUGUAAAGGAAAAACGGUUUUUGAUCGAAGUUUUGACAUGAAUACCCCACCAUGCCAGACUGAAAUGUUGAAAUUUUGCAAAGAGUUGAAAUCACCUUCGCCUGCAGAAGAAAAGUCUUUAAGGUUGAGAAGAAGUGACGUUACUGGAGAGAUUGAAAUCAACUGUGUCUUUGAAAGAAUGAAUGAAUAUUUAAAGGAGGAAGCAAAGAAACCGAAAUAUCCGAAUGAUUCAGACUUCUCGUUUGUGAUAAAUUCAAAUAAAAUGAGGAUUUUGAUGGAAAACAACGAGGAACAUUAUAACAUUUCUUUGCUGUCUGAUUCAUUUUAUCGUUAUUUUGAAGUUGGUCUUGGAUAUUUCAUAACCGAUGGCGUGUCUCCUAACUACGCUACAACUUACGAUUUCAAGAAAUAUGAAAGUCUCUUAGGAGGUGUUCCUGAUCCAAAAACGAUAACCAAAAUUACAUCGAAAAGUAACGCAUACGGACAACGUCUUUCCUACGUCGCGAUUGCUGUAAAUACCACAGUCAACCCAUUGUCACUAGGGUAUGAAGAAGGUCUGCCCAUUUAUAGAGACUGGGAGAAUUUUGUGACUAACAAAAUGAAGAAAUUUCCACCUUCCUGUAACAAUGCAUUUCAAGCCACCGUACAAAAGAACAUUAACUUUUGGCAUUGGUUAAAAGUUCAGGAGAUUCUGGUGCUUAAUGCAUUGACAGGAAUCGUCAUUGGAAUAACUAUGGCUCUUAUCAUCCUUGUGCUUACAACUACAAACUUCAUUGUCGGUUUCCUAGCAACGUUUAUUAUCGCCUUAAUCACGUGUACGGUGCUUGGCGUUAUCAAUAUGAUUGGUUGGAAACUCGGACCAUUGGAAUCAUUAAAUCUUACCUUAGUUGUGGGACUUGCCGUUGAUUACGUCGUUCAUUUGGCAGAGGGUUAUAUGCAAUUACAACACGAAACAAGAUCAUACAAAGUCCGUUAUGCGCUAUCACAUGUCGGUGUUUCUGUCUUAUCCGGCGCUUGUUCAACUUUGGGUGCAUCGAUGUUCAUGUUGGCUGCCCAGGUUCUAUUUUUCGUCCAAUUUGGACUAUUCAUAUUUGCAACAAUUGGUUUUUCAUUUCUGUAUUCUGUGUUUCUGUUUCCCACUGUGAUGGCAUUGAUUGGACCUGAAGGUGAAACAGGUUCCAUAUUAGUUGUGGGAAGAAGACUAAAACAGUUUUUCUUUAAAACAAAACAGCAAGAGCAACCUAAAGAAGGUAUAGUUUGCUCUUUGUGCGAUGGCAAAGGGUAUUUCGAUAAAAACAAGUUGGAGGGACAUGAAUUGAAGGAAACAAGCGAUUUUUAAAUUUUUAAGUAAUCACUCGGAGAUCUCCAACCUGGUUUCUUAAAGCUUACACUCUCCCUCAAUCACUUGAUAUUUCAUUAUGGCGUGUUUCCACUGGAAAGAGACCUUUCUUAUAUUUUUUCUCUACACGACAAUCUUAAUCAUUAUUUAAAGAAGGAAUGUGUCACUUUCAACAGAAACGUCGCUUGUGUUUGAGCUUUUGAAAAACAAGUUUUAGAUCUCCCGAUAUCUAUAUUUAGGAUUCCAUAUCGCGCUUUUGAACUCUUUGAGCUUAUUUACAAUUAUUAGAUUUAUCGUAGUCAAUGUUUUUGAUCAUAUUCAUGAAAGUUAUGUUUCGAAAACUACUUUAGUCAUAUCAUAGCUUCCGGAAUUGAAGGACGUUUUCUGCAACUACAGGGUGUAUCAAAAAAAAGGUAAUCCAACUUUGGUGCGCUAUUGUACGUGAAUUACUCAUUCUAUUAACGAAUUUUUUUCACAUUCCGAAAGGUUAGGCUUUUAACCAUCGAAUGACAUGUUUUUGAUAACAAAU